CAAAAAAAUAGAAAUAGAUAAAGGAAGGAAACACAGACAGAAAUGGGGAAGCAGUGAGUGCCCAAAUCUCACAAUCCUAUUCACGCUGCACACAACAUCCAGACACAGAUUUCAAGAUGAAGUUGUUGCUGCUGUUGGGGAUGCUGACAGCAUGUGCUGCAACUCCUCAAGAUCUGUCAGGUAAAAUGUUCACCUUCCCACAACAAACCAAAACAGCUCAUGUGAGGCUGACUACAACAAAACAGGAGUUCAGUGCCAUAACCGUCUGUCACAGGUCCUUUACAGACCUUCAAAGAGACCACGCCCUUUUCUCUAUGUCCACACCCUCUAAUACCAAUGCCUUCCUGAUUUUCUGGGACCAAACAAAUAAGGAGAUGGAGCCCCAUAUCAAGGAUACAAAGUCAGAAAUGAUGGGGCUGAACUACAAGUCGAACAUGUGGCACUCCAUUUGUACCACAUGGGACUCUACGACUGGACUGGCGCAGCUGUGGUUUGAUGGACAACGUUCAAUUAAGAAAUAUGUCAAUUCUGGAUCCCCCAUCAGAGGAUCCACUAAAAUUGUCUUGGGACAGGAGCAGGAUUCCCACGGUGGGGGGUUUGACUUGAAGCAGUCUUUCGUUGGCAUGAUAUCUGAUGUCCACAUGUGGGACUACGUCCUUUCCCCCUGUGAGAUCCAGAAGUACGUGGAUGGCCUGAACUUCACUCCAGGAAAUGUGCUCAACUGGGGUGCGCUGGAGUUCCAGAUAACAGACAGAGUGCUGACAGAAGAUAAACAAGAGUCCUGUGUCUAAACUUUAAAACAAUACCAUCUAUGUUAUAGAAAGUCAAAAAUCAUCUGUGUUAUUAUGUCCAAUGUGAAGUAUAACUUACUAAUGUCAGCUUUUUAUGUUAAAUGUUUAUCAAAGGAUAAGUUCUGAUUUGUCUUACUACUAUAAUCACAUGAAAGAGUUAUUUUGGUGUCUCUGAUCAUUCAACUGAAAAGAUCUCUUCCUAACAUGAUGGGGGGAAAAAAUCAGCAGUCCUCCUUUUCAGAAAUGAAUCGCAAAUCAAGUGGGUUUACCAGAUUUUUCAAUAAAGUCGUUCUACAAAGGU